UUUGUUUUUACACUUAUUUUUAUUUUUUUUACUUUUUCGUAUUUCCCAGCGCUGAGUAUCAAAACCGGAAUAUGCAAUUUCACCAUUACUACUCCUGGUCUGUUUGCGUGUGAAAAGGUUUCCUUUGAGAAUCCUUUCAAUGGCGGGCAGGAUGUGAAAGUUUUCGUUUCCAAAAGCCACGCUACAAAGAAUUAUAGUGGUGGAGAUGGCGCGGCUAUUUGGGUGGAGUCUGUGGAUAAUAAAGAAUUUAGAGUUUGUGUUUUGGAGUACGGAUAUGGUUCUAGUGGGACUACGAAAGUGAACUGGAUGGCGCUGCAAUCUGUUCCUGUUGGCGCUCAACUAGACACCGUCUCGUUGGAUUCUUGGUCCACUGGAGAAAAGUGUAAAAGGAUCGCCUUUGAAAAGGUUAACAUUUAUACAUCUUUAAAAAGGUUUACCCAUCUUCAUAUUUUUUGCUAAUUUUUGCUUUAAAUAUUAAGUGAGAAAGUCGAUAUUUCGAUUCCUUUUGUUUCUACGUGGCCAAGUUUAUAGUAAUCGUUAUAUUUACAAAUUCUGUGUUUAAUUCGUAAAACUCUUCUUAAUUUUUCAUCUGCAAAAAUUCUACCCAAUUUGCUUCUUUCAAGUUCAGAAUGAUUUUUUUCUAUCACACUUCCCUCGUUUUAUAUCAUAUCCUUGUUUGUGUGAAGAAGAAAUGUUAUUGAUUAUUUAUUUCGUUCUCUUUUACUUUUUCAGCGUUUCUCAAUUCCUCCGAGCAUCUAUGUAACAGUUCGUCACCAAAUUCUCAAGAGACCUCAGGACGCCUUGGCAUUGUGGGUAGAGGAUGUACGCAGGGACAGUUUUAAGGUUUGCCUCAGGGAAACGAAGAUUUUUGAUGGGCUGCAUAAAAACAUCCAGGUGGUAAGUGAAUUCCUUUUGUCACCUGUUACAUGUUUGAGAGUAGACUCACACGACAGCCAAGUUGUUCCUCGCUUGCUGCAACUUACAGGGGCUGUGCUCUAGCAGAACCCAGUUGUCCCAGGCGCUUUACCUUUGCCCUUUGCCCACUAGGAAAUCGUAGCUUUUUUCAUAGAGAUCCUAUGUUGGGUACUCUGUGAUUUACAGAGGUUCAGAGCAAUGGGCUCCCUUCUCUUAGAAACAACCUUGACUUGAGAAAGAAUAUAUUGAUAACAUUGUUAAUACUUUUUCACUUGUCUUUCAGGACUGGAUAGCAUUUGUUAAGCUGAUGACGCUGAAUUCUACCUUGAUCCAUGGCCUUGUAACAACAAAGAAUAACUCACUACUAAACAAGCAACAAAACAACGCUGUCUGUCAGGUAAAGUAACUAAUCAACUAUACUGUUUUGGUUUCUCAGUCACUUAUAUUCAUAAAUAGAAAAUCUUUCAUAAGUUCAUGGAGCUCUAAUGUUGUUAUCUUCAACUAUUUAAACAACAUAUAUCAUAUAGCGCAUAUGUGUAGAAAAACAUAAUAAUGCUCAUUCUUUUCUUGUUUUGUUAGAUAAUAAAGUUCACUGAUGCUUUCUAUGCCCCUCCGGUAGUAAUGGUUUCACCAAGACUCAGUUACCAUAACAACAACUCUCGUUUCUCGGCUUCUGGAACCUGUAACGCAGUUACUGCGUGGAUUCAGGUAACAAAUAUGAAACUCAGAGCCAUUUUUCUUAGUCCGUUGCGUCCUUAGGCUGCCUUCUUAUCUUUUCCCUUCUAACUUACUUACAGAAUUGUCUCUGUUUCAAUUUUCAUGUCGUUUAAGGAGUCCAAAAAAGUUUUUUUUGUUUUGUUUUUUCCUAAUUUUUCCAACCAACCUGUGCACGCUACGGUUUCGCUUUCUAAGCGACCUUGGUGUACCCAGCGACAUAGUUGUUAAGAAAAUACCUAAUGAUGCUUGUAAUGAAUAAUCUGAUACUUCUUAUGAUUGUGUCUAGCAUACCUUUACAAACGAAACCGAGGUGUGUAUGAGAAGAUACAGCAAUAACGCCAAUUAUAAGGACAUCGUACAACUGGAUUACCUGGUGAUUGGAGGUACGUAAACAAUAUAUCAAAACCUUGGUGAAGGCUGUAUGCUGUAGUGUAUCAAGUACAAUUUAUAAUCUUUUGAAGUCGUAUCAUGGAGGGCUUCUUUUCUCUAAUUAAUGCUACUUUUUGUUGUCUCUUUUUUGGGGGAUUGUAGAUUUGGUUGACUGAAAGAACACGUUACUACAAUAACUUCGUCCCUAUAAUUUUGUGUAUUCAAGAAAAUGAGAUUUUUUAGAAAAUUUUAAAGUCUAAAUUUCUUUGGCGCAGUGGUUCUCCUGAUCACGAAAUUAACAGGCUCAUAUGUGAUGUCAUAACACAAAAAUUCAGGAACUGAAAAACGGGAUCAUAUGCACUCUUAUCCUUUUCUUAGGGUCGCCAGUGUUGUUGCAUUUAACUGCAAUGCACCUCAUUGGCAUCUUAAAGCUGUUUCAACUAGUAAAUUGGACGAAAUUUUUGUAGAAUCCACACUUCUUUGCUUGUAUCUAAAGUCACGUGUUCUUUAAUUUACGUUACAUAGUUUCUUAAUAUACGUCAGAGCCCCUUUGUUUCCGAGAGGCAUCCGUGUGCAGAAUGGUGGUAAAUUUGAACCUGUCAAAAAAAUUGUCUUUAAUAAAAUUGUGCUCAAAGCAAUUUUUUUUUCGCUCACGUUCUCAUAGUAAUGUGCAUUUUUAAUUCCGAAAAAAUAAUUAUUAAGGUAUGGGCAAUUUAAAUCUAAUCUGUUGUUAUUUGCUUAAUUUAUCUUCAGAUUUGGAUCCGUGCAUAGACGUAACGUGUCAUUAUCACAGCUUCUGUAAGGCGUUUGGACCCCAUGAUACUCGCUGUGUAUGUGUGGAUAGCUGCCCAUCUUACAAAGAACCUGUUUGCUCAUCAAAUGGCACAACAUACGAUAACAGAUGUUUGUUUGAAAGAGAAGUUUGUCUACUUCGACUAAACUUUACCGUGCAACAUCCUGGCAGCUGUGAAGGUGAUUAGAGUUGUUUUUGAAUCUGUUAAAAGGUGAUUUAUGUUUUUAUUAGAUUUCAGUAUUAAUCCCUUAGCGAAUUUUUCAAAUGAGCUAUUUACUUACCCAUGUAACCUGGUGGGAAAACGGCGAAGAUGCGUGACUUUAUGGAAGUACAGAAUGUUACGUAAUUUUGCUAAGACGUUUGACAACAGCAAUGCUAAUAAGAAUGCUGGUCAGAAAAAGUGGCGGAUACACUUAUAUUUAAGCAUUUUCAGUUAAUACUCAACGAAAAUAUUUUAUAUAUAUAUUUAUAUAUAUUUUGCUUCAGUGAUACAUACAUAUAUAUAUAUAUAUAUAUAUGUAUAUGUAUCAGUGAAGCAAAAUUUUAAAAAAACUGAUUUUUCUCUCUAAAAUUAUUAUUAUUAGUAGUAGUCGUUUGCAUUUCGUACCCGGACGUAUCUCUGCCUAACAUAUCUGGAUAACGUCCUUUCCUAGAGUUAUAUUUUUUUAAGCAUAACUGGAACUGAAUCUUUUCUCUGCGAGAGGUAGUAGUUACAAUGGGUGGUCACUUUCCUUUCCUUUAGCGCUAAUAGGCUUGACCAGUUGCCACCGUGUAGCUCUGCUCAGGAUGCAAGUUCUAAUCUCUCCACUGCUUACCAUGCUAUUUACCUAAUGCAGUGACAAGCGAUACAUUGUCCGCUGUGAACUCUCCCCAGGACUUCUGUGGUAGAGAGUAACAACCCUCUUUAUAAGAACCACUCAUUUGCUGCUUUGUUAACAUUUUUAUGUUCUGGGUAAAAAUGAAAUGCCCUUUGCUCCGCAUCUUGUCAUACUAAUCUAUAGUUCAUCUCGAAAUGUGUUUUCUAGGAUUUCCUUUUCGGCGUGGUCGUCGCCACAUGCCACAUAUUCCAUCCUUGGGCUACUCUCACUGUCAUGCCAUUCAUUUCAAACCGUUUGUGUUUUACCCUGACAAACCCAUUCAAGUGCAGAUAACUGUCAAUCAUAUGGAUACCAGUGACAAAUUUUACGUCCAUGACGCGGCAGUAUCGUGGGUUGAAAAUGUGAAUAACGACGGAUUCACUGCUUGUGUGAUGGCAGCAGGAUAUAACGAACGAAAGUCGUAUGCAAACGUGACCGUUGAUUGGAUGGCGUACCAAGGUGCUCCAGUGGGUGGCGUGACUGGUGAAGUGCGCAUGUCACAAUGGUGGACUGGUACGACUUGUGCGACUGUCAUGUUUCCUACAGUGAGUGGUGUUUGUUGGGUUUUCUUGUCCUUUCCAUUCUUUUCAAGAUCAUAUCUUUUGAAACGCCUCACUUCUACUGAGGUCACUCAGUUAAUAACAGAUCCUUUUUAAUAUGCAUCAGCAGUGAUUUGUCCUUAGGGCGCAGCCGUACCCUUAUUACCAAUAGUCGAACAAUGACAUGGUACUACAAAUUAUUCUUUUACCAAUUUCCGGCAUAUCGCAAACGUCUUGGGUUCCUUUUUGCAAAAAUAAAAAAAUGAAUCCUGUUCGUGGCUUUCUAAGAGUUAAGAGUUGCCUAACACGGAUUUAUUUUUCAGGGAAAAUUCUCUGUGAUACCGUCGGUAUUCGUGACUGCCAAACAUUACAAUCCAGGAUUAAAACGUGACGCAGCAAGCGUAUGGAUUGAAGAUGUCACACAAUCAUCCUGCAAAGUUUGCUUGAGAGAAUUACAAAACUACGCUGGAUCACACCAAGACGUUGUUGUUGUGAGUAACGCUUAUCUCAUGGAAUCGAACGAACAGUGUUUUUCGUUGGAAACUAAGUGCAGCAGACUGGUAUCUUUCUCCAUCUCAUCUUUUCGCUUUUUUACGCUUCCAGCAGUUGGUCCAGCAGAGAUGCUCGAUUUUUUGCUUGAAAAUAUUUUUCCCUCCAUCUGUUUCCUCUUCAUCUGGCUUUGUCAACCCAACCAUGUUAUUGCUUCCUUGUAGCCUAAGAUGUCGGUGGCUGUUUUAUAUAAACCUUGUUGAGAGAUUACCAUCUUAUUUUCGACGUUGACACAAUCUUUUUCUAGUAAGGAAGUGAGACUGAAAAAGAAUUCUUUCUUUUUAUUGUUAAUUAAUUAAUUAUUUAUUUACUUACUUUAUUGCAGAAUUGGUUAGCGUUUUCAUAUCUUGACGAGCCUCCCUUCUCAGAACACAAUUCGAUUUACUUUUCGAAUGAUAAACCUCCCGCUCAGAGUCAUUAUAAUGCCUUCUGCAAGGUC